AUGUCUGCAGGAACUGCCCUGGCUCCGAUCGUCUUCAUGGGCCUGGUUGCGCACCAGCUUUUCAAACGACAUGAGACGUUUGAUAUUGCCUACCACAUAUCUCUUUUAUGUGGCCCGAUAUUUUUGGGCACUGCGCUGCUUUCUCCAAGCUUGCCGCUCCUGAGAGCGACAUACGUCUCCGCUGGCACCUAUCUAGCGAGCCUGAUCAUCUCCACAUUGGUCUACAGAGCUUCUCCCCUUCACCCGCUUGCGAUAUACCCGGGCCCUUUUGGAUGCAGGUUGACAAAAUUCUGGAUGGCCUCCGUCAGCUUCACUGGGCAGCAACACAAUUACAUCAAGAGCUUGCACGAUCGAUACGGGGACGUCGUCAGGAUUGGGCCGAAUGAAGUUUCCGUAAAGGACCCGUCCGUUGUGCACGCGAUGCUGGGGCCGACCGGUUUACCCCAUGGGCCAAUGUACUACGGAAAGUUACUUGUACGGAAGCCGGGGGAUAUGCCUAUGCUGGGCAUCACGGACACAGUCGAGCACCUCAGGCGACGGAGACCUUGGGCGCGUGCCUUCAGCGGCCCAGCCAUAAAGGAAUAUAAACCUAUGGUAGCUUCACGGACGCUGCAGCUUGUACAAGCUCUGCAGUCUCAGCAGGGCGAAGUCGACAUCGGCAAAUGGAUUAAUUAUUUCAGUUACGAUUUCAUGUGUGACAUGGCGUUUGGGGGAGGUUCCGAGCUCUUGCGCGAUGGCGACUUGAACAACUUCUGGGAAAUGCUGGAGAACGGACUGCCGCCAGGCACAUUCGUGGGCCAUGUCCCGUGGCUAGGCCCCUACCUCGCUCGCAUCCCCGCUCUCACAGCUGACCUCCAAAAGGUGCUCGCACAUUGUCAGAGCCUGACCGUAGGGAGAAUACAGCGCGGCGCUCAGCGCAGGGAUCUUUUUCAUUAUUUGAACAACGAAGACGAACCGGAAACGCAGCCCCCACCUCUCAAAUUGAUCGUUAACGAGGGUGUUGUCGCAAUCGUGGCGGGAUCAGACACCGUCUCAAUCACGCUCACAAGCAUCUUCUUCUGCCUUGCGACCCAUCCUGAAGCGUACAAACGUCUGGAAGAGGAGAUUGACCGCUUUUAUCCUCCCGGCCAAGAUCCAUAUAACACGGAGCACCAUCGUGAGAUGUACUACCUCACCGCCGUCAUAAAUGAGGCGCUACGCGUGUAUCCGACUGUCCCAGGUGGCGUGCAGCGAUGCGUGCCCCACGACAGCAAUGGCGUAACCCUCGGCUCCAUAUUCCUCCCACCAGGCACAUCCGCAUGGUACCACCAGCUCUCCGCCUACCACGACGCUCGCCACUUCUUCCCCAAGACAGACGUCUUCUGGCCCGAGCGCUGGCUCCUUGCCUCCGGGCGCCUGUCCUUCUCCUUCUCCUCCAACAUCGACGAGGCGACGUUCGUGCACAACGAGGCCGCGUUCGUGCCGUUCUCGUACGGCCCGAUGAACUGCGUGGGCAAGAACCUCGCGAUGCUCGAGAUGCGCGUCGUCGUGUGCGCAGUGCUGCAGAAGUUCCGGCUGCAUCUGAGGGAUGGCUGGGACCCGCGGACGUAUGGAGAGGGGCUGAAGGACUUCUUUGUGACAACACGUCCACCUGUGCCGGUGACGCUGGUACCUCGGUUCUGA